AUUUAACAGACAAACUUUUUACAAAUAUGUCACGUUAUUUUUGCAUUUUUUGUCUCACUCCCACCCACAAAGGUGGAUAGACUGAUAGAGACUCACACUUGAUCUUUAUAUGUGUAGAAAAGACAUAAAUACCCUCCUAUUGAGUCUUGAGUGUUUCAUAUUUGUUCUAAUCUUAUUUCUUCUACCCUCUAAAAACACACAGAUGAAUGGGUGUCAAACACAUGUUGAUGACACUGAAAAUCUAAAGACACAUCGAAGCAUAUUGGUUGGAAAUAUACAUGUGCUUUUUAACCCAAGUCGUGGGGAUAUUAAGCUCGGUCAGGUACGAUUAUUUCUUGCAAAGGCUCAUAGACUUUUGGAGACAUGGGGCAAUAUACCAAUUAUAUUUGGUGGAGAUUUUAAUAAUGAAGAUAUGUUUAUUGAUUUAUUUAAUUUUUCUUCUCAGUUAAACAUCCAACACCAUGAACGCAAAAAAAUAUGUGGGCAGAAUUGUCCAUUACAUUACCCAACAUUUCAGUGUCAUAGUAAUUAUUAUUCUUCUAGGUGGAAUAAAGAAGAAAUAAGGUUAGCAACAGGAACAAAACACUCAACUUACCUUAAACACAAACUAAAACUCACAAGUGCAUAUCAUGGAGUUCCUGCGACACGUUUGACAAGAGAUGAAUAUGGAGAACCCUUAGCAACAUCUUUUCACUCCAGAUUUAUGGGGACAGUUGAUUACAUAUGGUAAAUCUAAUUACAUAUAGUUUAUCCUAA